GACACCGGAAGUAGUAGCCAAGUCGGCGGCGUUCAGCUGGAGUGGUGAACCGGGGAGGAAGCGCAAAGAAAAGGCCGACUUAUGAAGAAAGACCAGCCGCAUAACUCAUCCAUGGAAUGAAAUCAGAGGUCAUUGUUUUUAUAAAUAGCCCCGCCAAAAGAUCCAUGCUAUUUCUGCGCGAAUUUUCGUAAAGCUGACGUCUGAAAGUUAUCCUGUCCCCCAGUGCGCUGAGUCCGAUCAGAAGCAGGGUGACAGCGUACUGUUUGCGCCACACACAUCGCCCGUUGUGCUGCACCGUCUCAUCCGAGUGCAGUCAAGGUGUGUGUGCGCAAGAGCACGCAACUUGUGUGAGCGGAUCUCCCUAUGUGUGUGACAAUGGGGGACAUCAGUGACCUGGACCGACAGAUAGAUCAGCUACGACGCUGUGAGCUGAUAAAGGAGAAUGAAGUCAAAGCACUGUGUGCUAAAGCAAGGGAGAUCUUGGUGGAAGAAAGUAAUGUUCAGCGAGUGGACUCGCCGGUCACCGUAUGUGGCGAUAUUCAUGGGCAGUUUUAUGACUUGAAAGAGUUAUUUAGAGUGGGCGGAGAUGUUCCAGAGACAAACUAUCUCUUCAUGGGCGACUUUGUGGACCGAGGUUUCUACAGCGUGGAGACCUUCCUUCUGUUGCUCGCUCUGAAGGUCAGGUACCCAGACCGGAUCACCCUGAUCCGAGGGAACCACGAGUCCCGGCAGAUCACCCAGGUGUACGGCUUCUACGACGAGUGCCUCCGCAAGUACGGCUCGGUCACCGUGUGGCGGUACUGCACCGAGAUCUUCGACUACCUCUCCCUCUCGGCCAUCAUCGAUGGCAAGAUCUUCUGCGUGCACGGCGGCCUGUCCCCGUCCAUCCAGACCCUGGACCAGAUCCGGACCAUCGACAGGAAGCAGGAAGUGCCCCACGACGGGCCCAUGUGUGACCUGCUGUGGUCCGACCCCGAAGACACCACGGGCUGGGGCGUGAGCCCGCGCGGCGCCGGCUACCUGUUCGGCUCCGACGUGGUGGCCCAGUUCAACGCGGCCAACGACAUCCACAUGAUCUGCCGCGCCCACCAGCUGGUGAUGGAGGGCUACAAGUGGCACUUCAACGAGACGGUGCUCACCGUGUGGUCGGCGCCCAACUACUGCUACAGGUGCGGUAACGUGGCGGCCAUCCUGGAGCUGGACGAGCACCUGCAGCGGGAGUUCAUCAUCUUCGAGGCGGCGCCGCAGGAGACCCGGGGCAUCCCCUCCAAGAAGCCCGUGGCCGACUACUUCCUGUGAGCGCCACCCCCCCCCCCCACCCCCUCGGGACAAGAGUCGGGCGGGGUCCAAAACCGAUAAGCUCCUCCCCCUCCCCCCAACCGCUCUCCCGAUAGGACAGACGCUCGCCCCCCCCCCCCCCCCCCCCCCCCGGUGUGCGGCCCACGAAGAGGGAGCCCCCCCCACCACACUGCCAGCAGCGCGAUGGUUUCCCCGGACACAACGACCUCCGAACCUGGGCCCAUGACUUUUGUAACCGUCGUCUCUAGCGCUUUCAAAACGGCGGCCAUUCAAUUUCGUUUUUAAAAUGUUCCGACUCUGCCGCCGCUGUGGUCGUCUCCUCUCUCUUUGAUCUCUGUAGAUACCCCCCCCUCCCCCCUACCUCUCGCCUUUCCUUCCACAAACCUAUUUGUAGUAUUUUUACAUGAACAGUCAGAUAGUUGUGACGGGGGACGUGGAAGGAGGUAUAAUUGUUUUUUUAAUGAUAUGCAGACUUUUUCAUUUGAGCAAUUUCUUUAAUACAUUCUUAACACUUUAUUGUUUUCCUCUUUUUGUAUUUUGUUGAUGCCCGAGUUAUUUACAAAAUGACAAUUUUCUUUUCCUUGCUUCUGAACUAUUCUUGGUAUCACGUUCUCUAAUGGGUUCUUUGCAGUUCCUUUAACUGCCCACAAGGAGUCAUGAUAUCCACCAUAGUUUCUCCCACUUCAAGUUCUCCCAUCUACAAAUCUGUCAAUUUUGAUAUUGUAAGAAUAAAGUCUUUUGUAUCGAC